CCCGCUUCCCCCUUUGUGAUGCCUUUAUCCGUUGCGUCAUCACCGUGCGCCGAGCCGACGGUAGAGGAAAACGUGCGGGGAUAUAAAAAAUAGGUUUCCACGUGAAGCAGUGGGAACAUGGCGACAAUACAAGAGGCAGAGGUCCAGUUUGCUCAACGACUGGCCUCCAACGACAAGCCCACCCGGACCAAGGCUUUGAAGAAGCUGAGGAAAUACAUCAGCGUCAGGUCACAGAAUGGCAAAGGGGGAUUCACUGGAGAUGAGCUGCUCAAACUGUGGAAGGGUCUCUUCUACUGCCUCUGGAUGCAGGACAAGCCUCUCCUCCAGGAGGAGCUGUCAAAGCAGAUCUCCGGUCUUCUCCACAGCUUCCAGAGUGUUGACAGCCAGCUCUUGUAUGUGGAAAGUUUCCUGCAGACUUUCAAAAGAGAGUGGACUGGAAUUGACAGGCUGCGGAUGGACAAAUUUUUCCAGCUGGUUCGCUUCAUGUUCAGACAAACAUUUGAGAUGCUGAGGAGGAAACAGUGGGACAGCAGCGUGGUGUCCAGGUUUCUGGAGCUGCUGACAGCUCAGGUCCUUCAGAGCGGCAGUGCGGCCCCCAUGGGGCUGCAGUACCACAUCCUGGACCUUUACAUGACGGAGCUGGCCGCUGUGGGCUCAGCCGAGCUCACCGCUGAUCAGAACUUGGUGUUCAUCGAUCCAUUUUGCAAAACAGCAGCAAAAACCAAGGAUCAGACCCUGUUGAGGGCCAUCUGCAGCAGCAUCUUCAGCACCAUUAUCGACCAGGCUCCCUUCGCUAUUGAAGACCUGAUGAAGGAGCUGAAAGCGGCAGACGCCUCCGACUCCGACUCAGGACAGGCUUCUGAAGAAGAGGAGGAGCCGAAAGUUGUCAGCAAGAAGACGACAGGGAAGCAGAUGAAUGGUACUAAUUCAGAUGAGGAGGACGACCUUCUUCACCUGGAAGACUCAGACACAGAGCUAGCAGACGACGGGGAGAUCGGACCAGUCCUGCAGUUUGACUUCGCCAGUCUGGCCGACAAGCUAUUUGAGUUGGCCAGUCGGAGCAACACACCCAACCAGAACAGACAGAGACUCUACAAAAUCAUAAAAGUCUUGCGGAACCUCAGUGAAGGUAUCUUCCCUCAGGAUGAAUAUCCAGAGGAGGUCUCCACAGAUGAAGAUGAUGAAAUGUUUGGUAGCAGAAAGAGGAUGAAGAGGAAAAGAGGCCUGGCAGAGGAGGAAGAAGGGGAUGGAGGUGGUGGCCCCACAGCCAAGAAAAGGAAAGGGAAGAAAAAGGACGUGGGAAAACUUGGCAAGCAAAACGAGGACUCCACAAAAGAUGACAAAGAACCAGCAAACUUAACUACCAAUGAUGACACUAUUAAGAAGAAGAAGAAGAAGAAAAAGAAAAAGAGGAAAGCAGGAGUGAGUGAGAGUGUAGGUAGCAAGGAAAAUGCAGUGGAGUCAGAGCAGGUAAAGGUUGUGGUUUCACCGACUGAGACAGACACUCAGGGAAGUGUGGUUAAAGACUCUGAAAAAGUGGAAACUUCAGGAGCUCAGAAGUGUUCUCAACCAGUGGGUUCUGCCCGAGAUGUAGAAAAGGAGGAACCGAUGGAAACCUCCAAGUCAUCUGUAAAAAUCACAGAGAAAGUAACUCUGACGGUCACAGAGGGCCAAACAGAAACUCUGCUGCCCUUAGAGGUAAAGAACCAGUCAUCAGUUACAGUCACUGAUGAAGCCGGCCAACCAGAGCCUCAGGCAGCUGAAGACACCAACAGGGACCAGGCAGAGACUUUGUCCAAGAAGAGGAAAAAAAAGAAGUCUGAAGCCAAGGUGCCUAAGCCCGAUGGGACGGUGACCGAGGCAUCAGGGACACAGCCUGCACCCGUUACCCACGAAGAAGAUACUUCCGUGGAGGCAGCAGAGCCAGAGAACUUCCUUGAAGCUGCAAAACCAAAGAAAAAAGGGAAGAAGGACCUGAAGGCUGAGAAGAAAGCAGAGGGGAUUGAGGCUGAAUCACACACUGAGGUAGCAAGCACAGAAGCAGAGAAAAUAAAUCGUGAUGCUUCCACCCCUGAGACUGAUGCUACAACCCCAGCCAAGAAGAAGAGCAAGAAAAAGAAAGCAGAGGAGGGUAAGGCCGAAGUACAGGUCGCAAGGGAGGGAGGAAUCACGGAAGCUGAGACUGUAUCAAUUGGUGGCGAAGCAUCACAAGAUACCAUGAUGACUCCACUAAAGAAAACAAAGAAGCUCAAGAACAAAGUGCAGGAAGUGGAAGAAACAGAUGUGACCCUUGAAGCCUCCACAGAUACCAGCGCUGUAACUCCAUCAAAGAAGAAAAAGAAGAAGAAUCAGAGGGCAUCAAAGACUGAGGAGCUAAAAGAGGACAAUGUAGCCGUCAGAGAAACACCACAGGAACCGCUGUCCGAGGUCACCAUGGCAACGACAAUCAAGACGAAGAAAAAGAAACAAAAGGCAACAGCUGACCAGAUGGCAGGGGACAGGGGUGAUACUGAGGCGGAGGUGGGUGGUGAGCCCCUGUCAGAAGAAGCUCCUCCAGAGAGUCAAGUGCUCCCUUCCUCUGAGAAGAAGAGCAAGAAGAAGAGGAAGAUUCCUGUGGUGUUUGAGUUUGAGGCUGAUGAGCUGGAGGCAGCUGCACAGGAAGCUGUGACAGCCAAUGGCCCCACAGAGGAAGAGACCACUGCCAAGAAGGCAAAACUGAGCCAUACUGCUGAGAAGCCAUCUACCCCACUGAGCUCUAAAAAGUCACAAAAGAAGGCGAAGGUGGCAAAGACAGGGUCUGAUUUCAUCUCCUUCCAGAGCAGCGCCUCCAUUCCAACACCACUCUUCUGUAAGACCAAGGGAAGCUCCAGCACACCUCUGUCUGGCAAGAAGAAGUGCCAGACUCCUCAGUCAGAAUCAAAGAAGGUGACCUUUGGCCUCAAGAAUAAUAAAACAGCAGAGUUUAGGAAGACGGAUCGUAGCUUGCUGGUGAGUCCAGAGGGAUCGUCAAGAGUGCCCUUUGACCCCAAGCAGAAGCCCAAAUUUGGUGUGUUAAAAUCUCCAGGGGGCUUGCACAGCACCAGCGUCAAAAAGACGCCCAAGAGCAACAAAAAGGCAAAGGCCUCCACCACACCUAAGAGCACCCCGAAAAGACGGCCCACUGCAGCAGACUUCUUCUAAAGUACCACACUGACAGACAGACUGUGAUUUUGGAUGCCAUCCUUUCUGUUCAUGACUGAACUGCAAAUUAUGAACUGCUAAACAAAAAAGAUGGUCUAUGGAAGAUGCAUAUACAGAAUUUUUUAUGUUUAUCAGAUUUCCAUGUUGCUAUUGCCUUUUUGUGAGUGAGAUGUUGAAUAAAACUUGCUCAGUUUUACUCAUUA